AGAGCCCUCUACAGGGACGUCAUGCAGGAGAACUAUGAGAUGGUGACCUCGCUGGGAUUUCCCCUUGCCAAACCUGAGCUUAUCGCCCGCCUGGAGCAAGGGGAAGAGCCGUGGGUGCCCGAUCUCCAGACCUGCGAGGAAAGAAGGCUUCCAAGAUGCCCCCAUACAGAAGGUGCUGAGCGAGGGAAUGAGAAUGAGGAGGAGAAUCAUUAUCAGGAAGUUCCUGGAGAAGUGCAACCCCAGGCGACCUUUGUGGGAGGAGCUGAAGGGAAAUGUUUCAGUCCAAAGUCAGCACGAAAGUCACUUAAGAAAAGCCACACAGGAGAAAGGCCCCAUAAGUGCUUGGACUGUGGGAAAAGUUUCGUGCAAAGGUCACACCUUGUUUGUCAUCAGUCAAUCCACACAGGAGAGAGACCCCACAAGUGCUUGGACUGUGGGAAAAGUUUCAUAAGAAGGUCACACCUUGUUUGUCAUCAGUCAGUCCACACAGGAGAGAGACUCCACAAGUGCUUGGACUGUGGGAAAAGUUUCAAACACAGGUCACACCUUGUUAAACAUCAGUCAGUCCACACAGGAGAGAGACCCCACAAGUGCUUGGACUGUGGGAAAAGUUUCAAACACAGGUCACACCUUGUUCAACAUCAGUCAGUCCACACAGGAGAGAGACUCCACAAGUGCUUGGAUUGUGGGAAAAGUUUCAGACGGAGAUCAGCCCUGGUUAAACACCAGAAAAUCCACACAGGAGGGAGACCCCACAAGUGCUUGGACUGUGGGAAAAGUUUCAUGCAAAGGUCACACCUUGUUAAACAUCAGGCAAUCCACACAGGAGAGAGACCCCACAAGUGCUUGGACUGUGGGAAAAGUUUCAUAAGAAGGUCAAACCGUGUUGAACAUCAGGCAAUUCACACAGGAGAUAGACCCUACAAGUGCUUGGACUGUGGGAAAAGUUUCAAGGAAAGGGCCUACCUUGUUAAACAUAAGGCAAUCCACACAGGAGAGAGACCCCACAAGUGCUUGGACUGUGGGAAAAGUUUCAUACAAAGGUCAGACCUUGUUUGUCAUCAGUCAGUCCACACAGGAGAGAGACCCCACAAGUGCUUGGACUGUGGGAAAAGUUUCAUACGAAGGUCACACCUUGUUUGUCAUCAGUCAGUCCACACAGGAGAGAGACCCCACAAGUGCGUGGACUGUGAGAAAAGUUUCACAAGAAGGUCAAACCUUGUUCGACAUCAGGCAAUCCACACAGGAGAGAGACCCCACAAGUGCUUGGACUGUGCGGAAAGUUUCAUACGCAGGUCAGUCCUUGUUACACAUAAAGUAGUGGACACAGGAGAGAGACUCCACAAGUGCUUGGACUGUGGGAAAAGUUUCAGACGGAGAUCAGUCCUGGUUCAACACCAGAAAAUCCACACAGGAGGGAGACCCCACAAGUGCUUGGACUGUGGGAAAAGUUUCAAACAAAGGUCACACCUUGUUCAACAUCAGUCAGUCCACACAGGAGAGAGACCCCACAAGUGCUUGGACUGUGGGAAAAGUUUCAUACAGAGGUCAGAGCUUGUUUGUCAUCAGUCCGUCCACACAGGAGAGAGACCCCACAAGUGCGUGGACUGUGAGAAAAGUUUCAAAAGAAGGUCACACCUUGUUUGUCAUCAGUCAGUCCACACAGGAGAGAGACCCCACAAGUGCUUGGACUGUGAGAAAAGUUUCAGAAGAAGGUCACAGCUUGUUCAACAUCAGUCAGUCCACACAGGAGAGAGACCCCACAAGUGCUUGGACUGUGGGAAAAGUUUCAAACACAGGUCACACCUUGUUCAACAUCAGUCUGUCCACACAGGAGACAGACCCCACAAGUGCUUGGACUGUGGGAAAAGUUUCAUACGGAGGUCACAGCUUGUUUGUCAUCAGUCAGUCCACACAGGAGAGAGACCCCACAAGUGCUUGGACUGUGGGAAAAGUUUCAAACACAGGUCAAACCUUGUUGAACAUCAGGCAAUCCACACAGGAGAGAGACUCCACAAGUGCUUGAACUGUGGGAAAAGAUUCAAACAGAGGUCAAGCCUUGUUCACCAUCAGGCAAUUCACACAGGAGAUAGACCCUACAAGUGCUUGGACUGUGGGGAAAGUUUCAGACGGAGAUCAGCCCUGGUUAAACACCAGAAAAUCCACACAGGAGAGAGACUCCACAAGUGCGUGGACUGUGGGGAAAGUUUCAUAAGAAGGUCACACCUUGUUCGACAUAAGGCAAUCCACACAGGAGAGAGACCCCACAAGUGCUUGGACUGUGGGAAAAGUUUCAUAAGAAGGUCAAACCUUGUUGAACAUCAGGCAAUCCACACAGGAGAGUGACUGUGUAAGUGCUUGGACUGUGCGAAAAGCUUCACAUGGAGAUCAGAUCUCAUUCAACAUGGGAGAAUCCACACAGGAUCUAAACUUCUGUGACACAUGACAAAAAGGGUUAAGCAGCUUCCAUGUAAUUGACUCAGAUCAGGCCUUGUUACACAUCAGGGAAAACUAAAUCCUCAGUACCACUUCUAGGGCCGGCUCCAGGCACCAGACGAGGAAGCACGUGCCUGGGGGGGCGGCACUUUUUGCUUGGGGUGGAAAAAAAGCUUGAGCUGGCUCUGAUCACUUCAAACUAAUCUUAUUGAGAGCGGCAACAGUUCCUCAGUAACUCUCUGCAUUUGAUUUUGUUACAAAAUCAAUAAGUUCGGAUGGCAUGAGCCCCAGAGGGACAGACGGUUCCACGAGCAGUCCUCCUUCGAUACCCCAUUAGAGAUUUCAAAAGGUCUCUUACCUCUUGAUUGGCGCCUUGGGGUUCGAAGGGGAACAGUCCGCAGUAGCUGCCGCUGGCUGAGCCUGGCGUUACCAUCCGAGUCACGGCAUCAAUAAUUGUGGAAGAAAACAGAGUUUUUACUUUUAGGUUGGUUGUAACAAAUCAGAGACAGUUUAUUCUUAAGCAAUUGCAAGAGGGGAACUGCACACCCAGGCAGGGAAUCUCUCUUAGUCCAGGUAGGGCUCCAAAGAUAAACAGUUGGAGCAAGACUUUCUACCUUUUUUUAAAUCGACAAUAAUGAUUAUAGCUGAACAACCUUCCCACUUGCUGAAACCAGAAAACUGGAUCUACAUAAAGGUCCAUCAGCGAAAGACCGCCCUGGCUCCACGCUGGAAAGGCCCUUAUCAAGUCCUGAUGACUACCAACACCGCUGUAAAAUGCCAAGAACUGACUGUCUGGACCCGUGCUUCUCACUGCAAAAAGGCCUCUCCACCUCAAGAGGACUUUACGACUGAUGAUCAGCCUGUUUCUCCUUCUGGUGCUGCUGUUUCUUUUGGGCAGCAGAAAAAAAGGAUAAGAUAAAGUGCUAGUAACCUCUCCCUUGUCCACUGACAGAACUACCACGCAUUUGAUUUGUGCUAAAAAACCUAAAGCAUUACAGGGUGAUGUGCUAGUAACCUCUCCCCUGCAAAAUGCUAAACCACCACUGUGCCAAGAAGUAGGAACACUUACUCUACUGAAACCACCAAAGCCCAGAUAUUUCUGACCACAAAGAACAUUAAAAACUGGCACUGGUGGGGAAAAAAAAAUAUUGUAUACUAGCAAGAAGGACAUUAUGGGGACGAGUCUUGGAAAUGUGAUAUUCGUUGGACUUUGGGGUUUAUUCCAAGUAAUGCAUGCUGUGCUUUUGGACAAGUACCUUCAGCAUGUAUAGCACUCCCCAGUUGGCUUUCUGAUGAUGAAUACCAAAGGCAUUUUGCUGCCACAAAUGCUACUCCUACCAUCUCCCCCACCACCACUACCUCCCCUGUAAUAUACCCAGAUACAAAUAUAUUCUAAUGAAAUACAGUGGCCAAAGCCUACACGUCUUAGUGAUUUACUAAAAUUCUGCUCAAAAAAAUUGAUUCUUUAAAAUUCAAAAUAAGUCAUAUAAGCAAACAAGUAAAAAAACAAAUGGGUCAAUAAAAAUAGAAAUCUAGACUAUCACUACAAAUAAGCCCCCAAAAUCUAAAAUUAAUGGGUUCUAUAGCAAGGUAAAUAUAAUGGCCGUUCCCGAAAUGUAUAGCAUGUGAAAUGAAAAAGUCCCUUAUUUUUACUUAGUCACCCAACUAGGGUAAAUAAUCAAACGUAUACCCAAAAAGUCUGUUCUGCCACCGGAAAUUUUACCUGUACUAAAAUAAUCCCAGUAACCAAUAAUUUAACCUGCACCAUAUUGCAAUAUAUCCCUUCCCAUGCUAUUAAUGCUAAUGCCUCCCAAAAGUAUCUAAAAGUGUUUAGCCAAUAAAUGUGGCAUGGUACUUCACCUAAAAAAAAAAAAAGAGAAAGCUAAAUUAUGCUCGGGACUAUAAAUGUACACUGCCCGUCUCCAGUUUUCAGGUCACCUCUAUAUAUUCUAAUUGCUCAAAAGGAGCUGCCAUUAGGUUAGCACAGCAAAGGGCCUGGGUUUCCUCUUAAAAAAAAAAAAGGGGGGGGGGGAGGGGACAUCACUAAUCAUCUAUAAAAUGGUGCCAGUAGCGCAGCUGCAAUUUGGAAUAUCUAUAAAGGUCAACAACAUAAAUAAAUUGGAAAAGGCCACGGGUCUUCUCUCUGGAGCACAGCUAACCCAGGUACAGGCUGAAUUACGUGUUAUCUCUGCCCUUAGUUCAAUGACCCAGAAACUUCUGAUGACGAUGGUGCUAAAUAUCACUGAGGCUGGGAAGGCAUUGUGGUGAGAUCUGGCUUGUUCAGAAAUUCAGGAUUUCCUGAAUGACCAGCUCAUGGCCAUUCAGAGUGAUCUGGAGCAUCAUGCUUUGCCUACGGCUCUUACAGACACUUCAGGAGUAUCAUCUGAUCCGUGGCCGUAAAGACUUUCUGGGUGGAAGUGCAGGCAUUCGCAGUGCUCCUUCCAAGCAUACGGACCAACUGGAGGGAUGUGGGUUCCCACAUACUGUAUCCUGCUGGGUCCGUGGCAAAAAUGCAUGUGGGAUUAAAUAAUUCACCAAAACAUUUGGGAAAUUAAACUACCUGGUAUUCCUAACCGAUUUGUAGUCAGUGCUCCUGGAAUAACCCCCGAGAUUUAAAUAAAAAUAGGGAAUCAGUGGACACUUUGGCCUUUAGAACCCCCACAGCUUCAGCGUGUACAAAAACUGAAGCCAGGGGAAGUUGUCACUGUUCAUGACAACGUUUGUUGGAAGGGUAUGGGACAAAAAACGACCCUACAGAACACCUGCUUUUCCAAGCUAAUAAUAGCCACGUGUAUGUUGUAAGAGAAAACUUCAAUAGGCCUCAUAUUUCUCCCAGGCCUCUAUUUAUCCAAGGUAAGCUAACUGCAUAAGUGAGUAGGAGGGUUGGAGAAGGGGGACAAGAAAGAAACUUGCCAAAGGAGAAGGAGUGGUAAAACCAGUAACCGCAAGAGUACAACCUGUGAAUAACAGGAAAAACUUCUUUAGCUAUAUUCUUAAUAAGGCUUGUUUUUGAUAAACUUCUAAGUUACUAAUAAGGUUUGGAAAAGUGGGUGUGUAACUGUUUGUGGUUUUAAGCUUUAAGGUUCCUUGUUAUCGGGAGAGCUACCAGCAUAUGCUUGAAAUAAAGAAGCCUCAGGCUGAUCUGACUCAAACACAACGCAUGGUUAAUUUUCCACCCCAAUGUCAAAGCCACCACUUUGCAAGACAUACAUUUUAAUCUCACCACUGCUGCAGGCAAUAGAGUUCUACAAUCAGCCCUGAGAUUCCAAAUAACCCUUUAAUUGAACUGCCUUAGUACCUGACCGAUUCCAAAAUUUGCUUUCACUGCUACCAAAGGUCCAGAAAAUCUCUGAAUUACAAGGUCAAAUUCAUAUGCUCCAAAAUAUAUAUAUCAAAUUGAAAAGUGUGCCUUUCAUACAGCCUAUAGUGUAUCUAUUUUAUGUACUAAUUAUGAUGUAUUGUGCUAUGUAACUAAGGCAGUACAACAGCUGCAUCAUAUUAUUACAAUGGGAAUGUUAAUGCUUUUAUUGCUUUUGUUUAGCUUAAAAUUAUGUUGUCGUAAAGAAUGUAAUAAUAAUAAUACCUUACAUGUUCAUACUAACCCAGGGCCAGUGCUACCAUUAGGCGACCCUAAGCCGUCGCCUAGGGCGCCAGGAUUCGGGGGGUGGCAUUUUGUGCGCUCCCCACGGGGCACACGGGAGCUUCCGGUUCCACUCCUGUCGUGCCGCCAAAGAAGGACU